AUGCUUGGUCAAAUUGAUACAAGCGACUAUCUCGGGCGCCUUGAGGUGUUCCGCAAGAGCGAUGCCGAGCGCGAUGCAUUACUCCAAGAAGUCGAGCAGACCGCCGACUACAAUAACGAAAAGGACUCCCGUCGCUUAUGGCAGAGUAAAGCGAACACCUCUCAGAGGCUCCUAGAUCAGCAUAACAAACAAUCGGCCACGAGUAACUUUGCUGUGGCUUUGAUCGAUGGUGAUGGGGCGUUGUUUCAAGACUAUCUUUAUAAACAAGGUACAAAUGGUGGCGCGGAAGCUGCAGGUCUUCUGCAUACCGAAAUUCAGAGCCACCUCCAGACCAUCUAUCCUGAUGGUAAUGUUGGCGAUUGGAAUAUCGUCGUGCAGGUCUUUUGUAAUCUACAAGGAUUGACUGCGGCUCUAUUGAGAGCCGGUAUCAUUAGUAACCAUACCGACUUGUCCGAGUUCGGCAGAUCUUUCGGACUCGCUCGACCACUCUUCAAUUUCAUCGAUGUCGGGACGGGUAAAGAACGUGCCGACCACAAGAUCAGAGAGACGCUUCGACUGUAUCUCCCUAUCUCGCAGUGUAAACACGUUCUAUUCGCACCUUGUCAUGACAAUGGCUACCUACCCGUGCUGGAAUCCUAUCGCAUGGAUCCGGCCAUGAAGACUCGUAUCACGCUUGUCGAGACAAAACCUCGUGAGCCGGGUUACGCGAAGCUGGGGUUCGGCAUGAUCUCGAUGCCAAACGUCUUCCGUUCGGAUGAUAUAGUGGUGCCAACACGAAGCAUCGUUAUGCCUACUGUCCCAAAAGCUCUAGCGACCCGGCCGACUCCUCCUUCGAGCAUAGCACAUACGGCAAACUCAGAGAAGUCGGCGAGCUCGGCGCCAAUCAACAACGUCACCAACGGCGCCACAGGCUCGUGGGCGACAGUUGGGAAGUCCGGAGCCGCCACAAAGACUAUCGACAUCUCUUCGCAGAAGCCGCAGAAGAACAAGUAUCUUUUACUUAACGCCUACGACGAGCGUCUCGAUGAACCACUGCCUCGUCCGGACCCACUCGCGGAGGCUCGUUUCGCCGACACCGUGAAGCAACAUGGGAAGAAUCUCUGCAACGCCCAUCACCUGUCCGGACAUUGCCCGGCCGGGGAGUGGUGCGAUUACGCGCACUUGAAGAAGCUCACCCAAGGCGAGAUGCUGGUCUUGAAGCACAAGUCUCGUGGGCGACAGUGCCCGAAGAAGCUCGACUGUCGCGACAUCGACUGCACGUACGGCCACAACUGCAAGUUCGCAGGGAAUUGCCACUCCCCUAAUUGUCACUUCUACGGCACACAUGAUAUCGAUAUGGAACCUGCGCAGAAAUUAUACGAUGACGGAAACCUAGAGUGGAUCGCCUCAUAUCUCGAGAAGAACCGGAAGUAAUGGGUCUGGGGAGAUCAUGCUAUAGUGUCACAUAGCAGCGCUUCGAGGCGUCAGGGUGGAGUCGGUAGCCUGAGCGCAUCAAUGGUGCGCAUCAAGAUUGUGCAGCACAUAGUCCUAGGUACUGUCUAAAUCAAUAUAGCUGAUUCGACAUUUAUACAUGCUGUCAG